CCGAGUUCAAACUCCGAUGAACCCGUGACGACCUCGCGCUUGACGUCACGGCGCCCAAAAAUCAAUCGCCGUUAUUUGCAGCGCGAAAAAUCGGAGGCAUGCUGACUUUUUCCGAAAAAAUCGCCGCUUUGCGCGGGCCUUUAUUCGAUAAUGGGCGCGUUUAGCGGUCGCUGGUCGCAAAUUAGCGUCGAUUUGAUCAAGUCGUGCCGUCACCGCGACGUCAGAGGGCCAGUUCGCCCGAGUCCGCCGAGGAGUGCAGUGCAGUGCAGGCCGGACGUCCAAUAAAUGCUCUUCGACGGUUCUUCGCCAAACUGAUGAAUGGGGCCGUGGUGUGAUGGCCAUCGUCGCCGCAGCGUUCGCCGGGGAUGGAUAAUGAACAACCCCACCAGGAACUCGUCAAGUGCGUGGUGGUUGGCGACACGGCCGUCGGCAAGACCCGUCUGAUCUGCGCCCGUGCAUGCAACAAGCAAGUCUCUUUGGCCCAGCUGCUCGCAACCCACGUCCCCACAGUAUGGGCGAUCGACCAGUACCGCAUCUACAAGGACGUGCUCGAGCGCUCCUGGGAAGUGGUCGACAGCGUCAACGUCUCUCUACGUCUCUGGGACACGUUCGGCGACCACGAGAAGGAUCGCCGCUUCGCCUACGGCCGCUCCGACGUCGUCCUCCUCUGCUUCAGCAUCAACAACCCCGUCUCGCUGCGCAACUGCCGCCUCAUGUGGUUCCCCGAGAUCCGGCGCUUCUGUCCGAGCACGCCGGUGCUGCUCGUCGGGUGCAAGAACGACCUCCGGUACAUGUACCGAGACGAGGCCUAUCUCAGCUACUUCCGCGACCGCAGCCCCUUUGUGAGGGCCACGCGCAAGAGCGACCUCGUCAUGCCGGACGAGGCGAGGGACGUCGCCAGGGAAUUGGGGCUCUUUUACUACGAAACGUCGGUACUUACCUACUACGGAGUUAACGAAGUGUUCGAAAACGCCAUCCGCGCGGCCCUCAUCGCGCGCCGCCAGCAGCGCUUCUGGAUGACGAACCUGAAGAAGGUCCAGCGGCCGUUGCUGCAGGCGCCGUUCAAGCCGCCCCCGCCGAUGAAGCCCGACGUGCACGUGGUGGUCGGCUCCUACGGCGAGCACAUGCACCAGCUGUACCUGGGUCGCGCGCACACCGACAUCGUGCUCGUCGUGGGCUCGGUGGGCUUCCCGGCGCACCGCUUCGUGCUCGCCGCCUGCAGCCGCGCCUUCUACCGGCUGCUGGCCGCCGACCUCAUCGCGCGCAGCACCAGCGACUCCAGCAUGGUGAGCUCGCUGGGCGACUUCGCCGACGAGACCGAGUGCCUGGUGCGCGCCGAGCAGAAGACGUGCAAGCGGCGCGCCAGCUGCCAGGCGCUGCCGUCGGCGCGCGAGCUCGACCACCCCGCCUUCCACUGCAUCAGGAGCGUGCAGCCCGAGGGCCAGACGGUGGUCACGCUCAGCAAGCUGGUGACGCCCGGCGCCAUGCGGCAGUGCCUGCAGUUCGCCUACACCGGCACCAUCGACCGCAGCGCCCUCAACCUGCAGGAGACGCGCGAGGCGGCCGAGUUCCUCGAGCUGCCCCAGCUGCUGGUGCUGCUGACCAAGCACCCGUUCGUGGGGCCCGACCAUCCGGACGAGACCUACGAGAACUUUCUCAAGAGGCGCCUCCAGGAUAUCUGUCUGGAUCAGGGACUUUUCGCCGAUGUUAUCUUCGAGCUGGACGAUGGGGCGUGUGCGGCGCAUAAAGCGAUGCUUACGGCGAGGUGUGACGUCAUGAAAGCUAUGUUUAGCGGGGAUUUCCGGGAAAGUCAGGCCAAAGUCAUCGAGUUCCCCGGAGUCCGCGAGUACACCUUCCACAAAUUACUGUGUUACUUAUACACCGACGAAAUCCCCGCAGUGUCGGCGGUCCGCUGCGUCAAUUUACUCGAGUUAGCAAAUCGUCUUUGCUUGCCUCGUCUCGUCAAUUUAGUCGAAAAGCGAGUCAUCGAGGACUUGGAGUGCUUGCAGCCGUCUGAGGCCAUCGAGCACUGUCUGCGACUGCUAGAACCCGUCAAGCUGCACAACGGGCACCAGCUGGCCGACUGGUGCAUGAACCACCUCUGCGUCAACUACAACAAGCUGUGCCGCAUGUCGCCCCGCAGCCUCCGCCUGCUGCACCCCGACAACCAGGCGUACCUCGUGGAGCACCGCUGGCCCCCCGUUUGGUACUUGAAGGACUACGACUAUUAUCAAAAGUGUUUGGCCGAACGCGACAAAGAACUGAAGCCCACAAUCAAAACAAGCUCGGGCUGUUUAUGCUUCUCUCGGAAAUCAGAGUCUGACCCGGCCCUGUCCUCGAGCCAGCUCUGACCGGGACUACUGUGACUGUUCAAAUGCAUUUAACUCAUUUCACCUUUCACGAUUCUCUCAUAAUUGUCUUGACAUAUUCGUAGGUUAAGUGCAGGCGGCCACGAUGUACAGAGUAUCGACCACAUCGCCGAGGUACAGCUAACCUAUCUGAAGAUGUCGUCUCCGUCAAACGAACCCCUGCUCUUACUGUCGUGCCUUUGAGCGCGGCCAUUGCCAGCAUUAUUAAAGUUCGAGGGCUGUCGUUAUGCAACGAGCGUAUGCGAGUGCAUACCUAGACACCCGAGAAAUUUAAGCGUUUUCGCAUGAGUGUUAUUCAAUUUUUUUGAUGGAAUAUUUUAACUUAAAACACGUUGCUAUGGGGAGCGUGUUUUAAAAUAGUGAAAACACGUUGCUAUGGGAAACGUGUUUUAAAAUAGUGUAUAAUCUAGGAAAAAACAUUAUUGCAUCGUAUAUUUGAAAAUUCUUUAGGAACAUCCUCGGUUAAAUUUGACGAGUCUUGCAAUCACAGUUUGUAAAUUUAAUUAUAAUUGUUAUAGUAAUUUUUUUAUACAAAUUUUCAUUUGCAGCGGUUCAUUUAAAAUAUCACAGUUAAUGAACCCUUCACAAUAACUGAAUAAUUCUUUCUGCACUUGAUAGCCAAAGGUUCGAAGGGUCUUUUCAAAAAGUAAACUUUGGAAAAAUACGAUAAAAUUGUAAUUAGUGGAUUCGCACAUUGUUUCAGAGGAUACACUGUUGAUGGCAAAAAAACGAACACUGUAACGAAAAAAUAUAAAAAUUACACUGAAAUCUCUCUUAAAGGACACCUCCUAUGAGCGGACGCCUCUGAUAAACGGACAUUUUUGUUGGCUCUGUUUUGAGCUAAUGUAUUCUAAAUAGUAUUGUUUCUCUUUUAAGCGGACUCUCCAAUAAACUGAGAAUCACAUAAGCCGGUACAUGUUUCAUUUCAGUGUUAAACUAAGUCAGAUUCAGACCUCAGAAGAUAAAAUUAUCUUAUGGGUAUUAUUUAUUGCACUAGUUCUUCUAUGCAGCGUUUUAAUGGCAUAUAAAACUAAAAAAGCGUAUGCUAACACUAAAAGAAAAAAAAAACAAAAUUUUAGCAAUGAAAUUUGAAAUACCUAAGCAGCAAAUAUUGUCAAAAAUGAAGAUGAACUCGUGGUAGAAACGUUUGUGAAAAGCAAAGUUUUUUUUAAAAAUUAAAGGACUGAAAAUAUUGAUAAAUUAACUUAUGGUUGGUUUAUCAAAUCAUUAAAAAAUAUUCCACUUUCUUGAUCAAUUGUUGGGAUGAAAACUAAAGAGUUGGCGACGAAAUUGGAAAAUCAAAUUUUUAAGGCACCAUUAAGGUGACAAGAAAAGUUUUAAAAUCACGAUACAAGUUUUAAGUACAUAUCUGAUGAACAUGAUAUAGAGAAGUCAGAAGUUAAAUAUUUUUUUUAUGAAAUAGUUUAUAACAAUUGUUGUACCAAUACUUAUAAUCAUGCUGCUACCUAUUUAAUAAAUUCUUUUUAGUUUGUUUUUAUGCAUAAAUUAUUAUUUUCCUUAAGAGGACACUUCUAUUAACGGGACAAAAAUCAUGUCAUCGUAGGUGUCCGCUUAUAGGAGAUUUCACUGUAUAUCGUAUUUAUCCCUUAAUUAAAAUUAAUUAAUAUAAAGUCGUUGCAAAAAUUAAUUUGUAUUAUUUUAAGAUAAACGAUACUUAAAUGUCGUAUUGUGCAAAAAAUACGUAAAAAACAUCACUAGCCACAAAAAUAAUUAUUAAGUAAAAAUAAAAAUACAAAUUUUGGAGCUAGUAACAAUUAUUUUAUUAAGAAUUUUUUACUUAAAACAUCUUUUGGAAAGACAUUAUGGAAAUCAUAAAAUUUCGAUUAAUAAUAUUUUUCAUUUUUUUAAUAUCACUUUUUUAUUAAUUAAUAUUACUUUAUUAUAAAAGACUAUUGAAAAUUAAAAAAAUACAUGCAUGCAGAAAAAAUAAAGUAUUUAAUGACAAACUCUGAUUAUUAAACGACUAAUUAAUUAGCAUUAUAAUAACCCUGUUUUUUUAAGUUUAAAAUUAAUGAAAAAAUUUUGUUUUUGAAGCUUUGUACUUUUUACAUUCAUAAUAUUUUCACAGAAUUCAAUUAUAAGAUCCACAAAAUGAGUCAUUUUGAAACUAUUAUUUCCACAGUUAUUUCAUUAUUAGGGUUGCUCAAAAUACCCAACAAAUAAAAUAAAACUGUGAACUUAAAACAUUCAAUGUUUAUUCAAUUUUUUCGUUAAUAUCAAUAACAUUUCUAUGACAGUUCAUGGUUUGUUUUUUAUAUGCGGCUAACCAACAAUUCACAGAUUUUCAAUAUUUAUAGCAAAUUUUUGUGAUUACAAAACUCGCCAAAUUUCUCCGAGAGUACUCUUAUAGAGAAUUUUCGGAAAAAAUUGGAGAUUUUUGGUAAUCACUACAACUUUUUUUCUCCAAGCGUGCGAAUUUUUUCAGAGUUUUUCUACAAUAAAAUGAAAUAAAUAAAAUAUUAAUUAAUUAAAAAAUAAGGAUAUUAAUAAAAUUUUAUUAUUUAUAUGGUGUUCUUUUAAAACAAGAGUGCUUAAACGAUUUAAUAAAGUCAUUAACAAUUAUUAAAACCUGUCUAAAUAAUUUUUAGAGCUAUUAGCUAUUUUCACACACAUUUUUUUGUCCCGUCCGUAAUGUGUAAACAAUAAGUAAAUUAAUAAGAAGUGGUUGCACCUUGCCUUAAUCUUCGGUUUUAAGUGUAAAGUGUAAAGAUUUAGCAUAAUAUUAAUAUAUUCUCUUUGAUUUUGUGGAUUGUUUAUUCUUUUAAAUAAUGUGCGAAUCCACUAAUCACAAUUACUACAAUAAUUUUAUAAUCGAACUCAGAAACUGUAAUUGCGAGAUUUGAGAAUAUUCCUAUGGAAUUUUUAAGCACAGGAUGUAAUAAUGAUUUAUUGGUGGCAAUGGUUGUGGAUAGAGGGACGACAGCAAGACAGGGGUUUGUUUCAUGGAGACAACAUCUUCAGAUCGGUUACCUGUACUCUGUACACUUGCACGUUUUAGACUUCGUAUCCUGGAAGGUUAGACCGACCUGACUGCUGCUUUCGAGUGUCCCCAGGAGUGCACUAGGUGGCUUAGCGAGAGAAUAUCGACGAAACACCUAUUUUUCUACAUCAAGUAGACGCCGCGUCAAUUUUAGUUUUAGGUGGUGCUAGGACGGUCGGUUUAGUUUUCCCGACUCCCAUAUUAAGGAUUUUUCUACUCAUGUGCGAAUAUUAAAGAUCAGUGUCUCACUGUCUUUUUAUUUAUUCGUUUUAGGACCAACUUUUUGACGACAAGUUAGGCGCUCCCCGUUUUUUAUUACGCAAACUUGUCAUCUUAUGUGUUCGUUUAUUAUUUUUUAAGUUAGUGUGGACUAUACAAAGUAUACUGUGUUACGUUAGGUGUAGUUUUUAGUUCACUGUAUAAAGAGCACCAUCUCGGAAAUUGGAAGUCAGUAUAGCCUACAUUAAAGUUUGCUUUCGGCUCGAACUAGGUGACACCAACUGAUUUUAACGUAAAGUUUAUAUUCCACAAAUUGACGCUUUUCCAGUCUAAGCACCAAUUCUGAAAUAUGCACCCUCACCUAUUAAUGCCAGUGGAAUAUAAAUUUUAUUUAUGGUUUGUUUCUCAUUUUAAGGCAAACUAUAGGGAGAUGUGUAUGAUUUUCCUUAUAUAAACAUCUACCUACUCAACAAUCAUGUAUGUGUGCAAUAAUUUGCUAUUCUAAUAAAUAUUUGUAUUAAA